UUCUCCUGGCCUUAAGAAGGCGCUCUCUAGCCACGGGGAGACAGAGAGAGAAGGAAAUCAAGGUUUAAGCAGGAAGGAGAGGUCAGGAUUGCUCCCAUAUCUCCAAAAGGGCAAAUCCAACAAGAACACUUAUCCUAUCCCUUCUUUUCAUUGAAAAGCUACCUAAUCUCACCAGAUUUUCCCUUCUCGCUCGUCACUCGUCAUCAAUGGAUAUUCUUAAUUUAUUUAGCUAGUUCGCUCUCUCUCUCUCUCUCCUCUCUACACGCUUCCUUUCUUGGGUUUUCUUUAGCGCUGAUAACAACACCUAAUCUCAUCAGGUUCAUUGUUUUCUGGGAAAAAAAAGGGUAUCUGAAAUUGUGUGCUGCCGACACACACACAGGUUUUUUCUUCAUCUUUUUUCCUCCUAUUUCCAGUGCACAACACGCAGCUCUGGUUGAAGAGGAAGAAGAGAAACAAUGGCGCCAAGGUCAGGGAAGGGGAAAUCAAACAAAGCUAGAGCAGAGAGGAGAAGGAAGGAGGAGAAAUCUGUUCCUAGUGUUGUUGAUGUCACCGUGAUCACCCCAUAUGAAUCGCAAGUUGUGCUCAAGGGCAUCUCCACUGAUAGGAUACUUGAUGUGAAGAAGUUAUUGGCUGCAAAUGUGGAAACAUGUCAUCUCACAAACUAUUCCUUAUCUCACGAGGUGAAAGGGCAUGGGUUGCAUGACAGAGUAGAAAUUAUCUCCUUGAAGCCCUGCCUGCUCAAAAUCAUCGAAGAGGACUACACAGAGGAGUCGCAGGCCGUAGCUCAUGUACGGAGGCUGCUGGACAUAGUGGCCUGCACAACCAGGUUCUCCAACAAAUCCAGGCGACCGUCACCGUCAAUAUCACAAUCCAAACGGUCUAACAGUGCUAGGUCUCCACGGACCAGUACUCCUGCAACGCCACUGUCCGACGAUGCAGCAUCCGAAACGACGUCGGUGUCGGCCGCUAUGUCGGAGAGUAUGGACAUGGCGGCGAUUCACCCGACGCCGAAGCUGUCUGAGUUCUAUGACUUCUUCUCCUUCUCUCACCUCCCGCCUCCUAUUCUCGAUUUGAGACGAUGCAGUGAGGUUAAGGAUGGAGAGGAAAGGUCACGACCGGGUGAUUAUUUUGAAUUUCAGGUUAAGAUAUGCAAUGGAAAGCUAAUAAAGGUGGUUGCUUCAGUAAAAGGGUUUUAUGCGGUGGGAAAGCAAUUUUCCCUAAGCCAUUCCGUGGUGGAUCUUCUUCAAAAUCUCAGCCGAGCUUUUGCCAAUGCAUAUGAUUCCCUUAUGAAGGCUUUUGUAGAGCAUAAUAAGUUCGGUAAUCUUCCUUACGGAUUCCGCGCAAAUACAUGGCUAGUUCCUCCAUCUGUUGCGGACUCUCCAUCAAGCUUUCCAUCCCUUCCUGUAGAAGACGAGAGCUGGGGUGGCAAUGGUGGAGGGCAAGGAAGAUAUGGUGGGUAUGAUCUUCGACCUUGGGCCACUGAUUUCGCGAUAUUGGCUAGCCUACCAUGCAAGACAGAGGAGGAGAGAGUGGUGCGAGACCGGAAGGCCUUUUUGCUUCAUAGUCAAUUUGUUGAUGUUUCAAUUUUUAAAGCUGUUGGAGCGAUACAAGGUGUUAUUGAUUCCAAUCUUCAAGCAAGAGAUACAAUGUCAGGCUCUUUCUUGCUUGAAGAUCAUGUAGGAGACUUGUCCAUAGUUGUAGAACGUGAUGCAGCAGAUGCAAGCUUGAAGACUGUGGUCAAAGUCAACGGCAAUCACUUAUCUGGUAUCCCUGCUAAGGAAAUUGCUCAAAGGAAUUUGCUUAAAGGGGUAACCGCAGAUGAGAGUGUAGUUGUUCAUGAUACCUCUUCAUUGAGCACUGUCAUUGUAAGACUUUGUGGAUACACUGCAACAGUGAAAGUUGUUGGCAAUGUGAAGAAGAAAAAGUUUGAUGCUCAGGAUAUUGAAAUUGAUGAUCUACCAGAUGGAGGAGCUAAUGCUCUUAAUAUUAACAGUUUAAGGGUGCUGCUGCACAAGUGUUGCAGUGCUGAAGCAUCUCUAGGACAGUCUUCUCACUCUACUUUGGAAGAGUUAGAAGCAUCUAGAUGUCUUAUUCGGAAAGUAAUUAAAGAGAGUUUAACCAAGCUAGAGGAGAAGCCAAUUGCUUCAGAAAGGUCUAUUAGAUGGGAACUUGGCUCAUGUUGGUUGCAACAUCUGCAAAAGCAUGAAGCUUCAAAAGAUACCAAUUCUAAAAGCCCUGAGGAUAAUAGUGAGAACAAACAAGCUGUGAAAGGUCUUGGAAAGGAAUUCAAAUUUUUGAAGAAGAGGGAUAUGAAGCCUACUGUGACUUCCAUACAUGGUAGAGAAGAAAUUGAAUCUGGCCUGUGCAGCCAAGCUAUGGGAAUUAAUGCCGGACAACAUAGCAAUGAUGAGUCCAACAUUGGGUGCGAAUUGAGGAGAUUGGUUUCUGAAGAAGCGUUCUUGCGUCUGAAAGAAUCUGGAACUGACCUUCAUUUAAAGUCAGCAGAUGAGCUUCUUCAAACAGCAUACAGAUAUUACGAUGAAGUUGCAUUGCCUAAGCUGGUAACAGAUUUUGGCUCCCUUGAACUUUCACCUGUUGAUGGUCGCACGCUGACUGACUUCAUGCAUUUUAGGGGACUGCAGAUGCGUUCUUUGGGAAGGGUGGUUGAACUUGCAGAGAAGCUUCCUCACAUACAAUCACUUUGUGUUCAUGAGAUGGUUACUCGAGCUUUCAAGCACAUACUUAAAGUGGUUAUUGCAUCUAUCAACAAUAUAUCAGACUUGUCUGCAGGCAUAGCUUCAUCCCUAAAUUUCUUGCUUGGAAGUUGUGGGGUUGAAGGCAGUGAUCAAACAGUGAAGGAUGACCAUGCUCUCAAAUUGCAGUGGUUGCGAACAUUUCUUUCCCAGAGAUUUGGUUGGACACUGAAAGAUGAAUUUCAGCAUUUGAGAAGGCUUUCAAUUCUUCGUGGACUUUGCCAUAAGGUUGGAUUGGAGUUGGUUCCAAGAGAUUAUGACAUGGAGUGCUCAAACCCCUUUAGGAAAUGCGACAUUAUCAGUGUAGUUCCUGUGUGUAAGAAUGUAGGAUGCUCUUCAGCUGAUGGACGGACUCUGUUGGAGUCAUCGAAGGUCGCUCUUGAUAAAGGAAAACUUGAGGAUGCUGUUAAUUAUGGAACGAAGGCUCUAGCAAAGAUGAUAGCUGUAUGUGGUCCCUAUCAUCGGACUACUGCCAGUGCUUACAGUCUUCUAGCUGUUGUUCUCUACCACACAGGAGACUUUAAUCAGGCUACUAUAUACCAGCAAAAGGCUUUGGAUAUCAAUGAGAGGGAACUUGGUCUUGAUCAUCCAGAUACAAUGAAAAGCUAUGGUGAUCUUUCUGUGUUUUAUUAUCGUCUUCAACACAUUGAGUUAGCUUUGAAAUAUGUGAACCGUGCUUUAUUCCUUCUUCAAUUUGCUUGUGGUCUGUCUCACCCUAAUACCGCCGCUACAUACAUCAAUGUGGCUAUGAUGGAAGAGGGCAUGGGAAAUGUUCAUGUUGCUCUCAGAUACCUGCAUGAAGCUCUAAAGUGCAAUCAAAGAUUGUUAGGGGCAGAUCACAUACAGACAGCUGCAAGCUACCAUGCUAUAGCCAUUGCUCUUUCUCUGAUGGAGGCAUAUUCCUUAAGUGUUCAACAUGAGCAAACGACACUCAAGAUACUUCAGGCAAAACUUGGAACGGAGGAUCUUCGUACUCAGGAUGCUGCUGCAUGGCUUGAAUAUUUUGAAUCAAAAGCCCUAGAGCAGCAAGAAGCAGCACGAAAUGGGACUCCAAAGCCAGAUGCAUCCAUCGCAAGCAAAGGUCACCUUAGUGUAUCAGAUCUCCUGGAUUACAUUAGUCCUGAUCAAGACUCUAGAGGAAGUGAUGCACUCAGGAAACAGCGUCGUGCAAAGGUACUCCAGGUUAGUGAUAAGUCCUAUCAAGUCCAUCAAGAUGUAAUGGUCAAAGAUGGCUUGGGAAAUGCGAUGGUGAUGACAGAUGAUGGCAACACUCAAGAACAAGGGGUGGAUGUGAUUCAUAAUGAAGAAGCAGAGGAAAAUGAUGAUAUCACCAAGUACAGGCCCACAGUUGCGGGGGAAGUUGUUGAAGAAACAACUUCAGAUGAAGGAUGGCUAGAAGCCAAUCCAAGAGGACGGUCAUGGAAAGCUGCUGGCAGGAAAUCUGGCCGUAGACGACCAGCUUUUGCAAAGCUAAACAUAAUUACUGCAGAAUAUUCAAGUAAUAGAGAAAGAAGCUAUAGGAGUCAAAUCAUUUCCCCAGCACAAAGAAAAACUCCAAGGACAAUUACAAUGGAGGUGUCACCUGCGAAGCAAUCAAUUGAACUGCAGGCAAAAGCUACUGUCUCCAAACCUUUUUCUGCUCCGGCAAAUCUCACUGCUAUGGCAUCAAAAUCACUCUCUUACAAAGAAGUAGCUGUGGCACCCCCUGGUAUGGCUUUGAAGCCAUCUCAGGAGAUCGUAGAAGAAUCAAGCGAGGCAAAACCUGAAACUCAGAUAUGCGGUGUUGUACCUGAGACAUUUAAGGAGGAGGAAAGCAAUGAUAUCCCUGUUAUUGAUAAUAAACCAGGUCCUGAUGAAGCAGAAGGAACUCAUGAAAGUGAAACUGAACCCGAAAAAUCUGGCCCUGAAGUUGAGGAAAUUUCUUCUUCUAAUCAGGAAAAGUUCAUUGAGAAAAAUGGAAGUAAGCUUUCAGCUGCAGCUGAACCAUUCAAUCCAGGACCAUGCCCACUGGUUCACCCAUUAAACUCAGCUUCUGUACCAAGCAUAUAUGACGCAACAGCUAGUCAAGGAAUGCUUGUAGUCCCAGUGGCACCUCCACUUGCAAGAGUUCCUCGUGGGCCUAGAUCUCCGCUGUAUUAUAGAACUGCUCAAUCUUACCACAUGAGACAAGGUUUGCUGAAAUACCGAACUCACUUGGCAACACAACCUAGAAGCAUGAACCCGCAUGCACCUGAGUUUGUUCCCAGUAGAGCUUGGCAGACAAAUCCUGAAAAUGGAGAUUCUGCUAUUUCAAACGAGACGAAAUCUUUGCUCGAGAAAAGCAAUGCAAGAGAGGAAGAGGAGUACAUUAGUAAGGAAUCCGGUAAUGAAGUUCAAGAUUGUUCUACAAAAAACACCACCUCUGAGACUGAGAAGGCAGAACUUGCAAGGCAGAUACUGCUCAGUUUCAUUGUGAAGUCAGUCCAGAAUAAUAUUGAUGGUGGAAGCGAGACCCUAGGCAGUAAAAGGUUUGAAAGUUCAGAGAACUCUUCGGAUGCAAUUGCUAAUGACAGUGCAAUUAUAAAAAUCCUCUACGGAAAUGAAGGAAAGACAAAAUUGGUUACUCAGUCCAGCGACGGUGAACAGCCGGAAACCCCAGAUGCUAAUAAAAACAAUCAAGGUGACGGUGAAGGAUUUAUAGUUGUAACAAAGCGAAGAAGAAACAAACAGCAGUUCACAAAUGGGGUUGCUAGGUUGUACAACCAGCAAUCACUCUGUGCACCUGUUCUUUGAAAGAGUGAAUAACUCGAAGUGGACGACAGAAAAACGGUGGUGUUCCAUUGUCUUGCUUUUUAUGGACAAAAUCUCUUUGCAAUUGCAUCUCAAACACUGUAGAAAUGAUUAGAGGACGAUGUGGAAGAGAGCCUGUAUUUCGAGUCUAUUGAUUUUAGCUGUUCUUUACUUUGUAGGUGCCAAUAAUCUUUGUAUAAAUUGCAAAGUUUUUCUGUUAAAAAGAUUUUGUUUGAUUAAUAAAAAGGCCCUCAGAUUUGGCAACUUCAUCUGUA